CUCAUUUUAGGGUUUUUCAGUUAGAGUUGGUACCAGUUUCUCUCUACUGCGCAUCUAGUUUUUCAAUUCUUUGAGAUUCAUAGAAGAUGACAACGGUGGUACCCACAUCGGAGGAAGAUCCUGCUCUCGCCGUCGUCCGCUUUACUUCCCAGGUUUCCUGGGCCGACGCCGGUCCCGAGGUUGCAGAGCAACAAGUGUCUAGGUUAUGUAUGGAGGCUGAGGAAUGCAUGGUGAUGGGCAGAUGGUUGGAUUUGGCGUCGCUUAUGCUCACACCAGUGGACGUCAUAUUUUCUAAAGUAUCAGAAAAAGAUCUUGAGUGCAUCUUCACUGUUAUUUGUAAUCUUGUGACUAAGCCUGAAAGUCCGGAUGAAUCAUUGGAGAUGGCGAAACUUAUAGCCACAAAAAUCACACAACCAAAUGAUAAGCCUGCACUGCGCUUGAAGAUCAUGUUCAAUCUGUACAAUUUACUGGAGAACCCAUACAGCCAGUUCUUUGUUUACAUGAAGGCCCUUAAUUUGGCAGUCAGCGGGAAGGUCACUGAACACAUUAUUCCUUCUUUUAAAAAGAUGGAUAAUUUCUUGAGGGAAUGGAAUAUUGGAAUCCAGGACCAGAGAGAGCUCUUUCUCACCAUAUCUGAUGUUUUGAAAGAAAAUAAAAGCUCAGCAAAGGAUUCUUUCAAAUUCCUGACGAAAUAUCUUAUAACUUUUUCUGGUGAAGAAGCAUCUAAUGCCAAAGAAGAAGCUGUGCGUGCUAUUAUUGAAUUUGUGAAGACACCUGACAUGUUUCAGUGUGAUUUGCUUGAUAUGCCCGCUGUAGCACAAUUGGAGAAGGAUGCUAAAUAUGCACUGGUAUAUCAGCUUCUGAAGAUUUUUCUAUCUGAGAGGCUGGACGCAUAUCUAGAUUUUCAUGCAGCAAAUUCUACUUUGCUGAAAAGCUAUGGUCUUGUCCAUGAAGACUGUAUGGCGAAGAUGAGGUUGAUGUCAUUGGUUGAUCUUGGUUCUGCAGAAUCUGGCCAAAUUCCUUAUUCUCUAAUCAAGGACACACUUCGGAUCAAUGAUGACGAGGUGGAAUUUUGGGUGGUUAAGGCUAUAACAACAAAGUUGCUUGAAUGUAAGAUGGAUCAGUUAAAUCAGAUUUUAAUUAUAAGCCGCUGCACUGAGCGCAUGUUUGGGCAGAAUCAGUGGCAAACCCUUCGAACAAAGCUAGCAACAUGGAGGACUAAUAUUGCGAAUGUCAUUAGUACCAUCCAAGCUAACAAGAUAACUGAAGAUGGCACACAAGCUGCUGUGCAAGGGUUGACGAUACGUUGAGAAUUUUGACUUCCAACCAUCAUUUCAUCUAGAAAAAAGUCUUCAGUUUUGAGUUUUGAUUGUUUCAGUUCGAUCCGAUUUCAUACAUCUUGAGGUUUUGAUAGUGACAGGUCAUUUUAGUCUGUAAUUGUUUUUCCGUUUUAGUUCCGCCUUAAUUUUAUCUACAUGGAUGAAAUGGAUCAUCAGCAGAGACUCAUGUAUUGCUUCUCAGUUUUAAAUUCUGACUUGCUCUUCCUAAAA